UUAAAGUAUUAAAAUCUAAAACGGAUCAAUAUUUAUGACUACCUAUUAUAGCAAUCCAAAAUCUUUUAUUGGGCAAACGAUCAUUAUGAAGGGUGACUCGCUAUUUAGGACGUAUCUGGCACUUUUCUUCAUUGUCCUCCAUUCUAACAUGUGCAUCUGCGAAGAAUAUAAAAUCACUGAUCAACUAUUUAUGGACAUAAAAAUUAACGAUCGGGAAACCGGACGUGUCAUCUUUGGACUGUUUGGCGAAAUUGCCCCUAAAACCGUAGAAAAUUUCAAACAUCUCGCUCUUGAGGGUAUAGACGGCAAAACUUACGCAGGGUCAAAAUUUUUGAUUGCAAUCAAGAAGGUUAUGAUUCUAGGAGGGGAUAUCGUGAAUAAUAACGGAACGGGCUCCAUUAGCAUUUACGGCACGUUUUUCAACGACGAAAAUUACUUUGUGAAAGCCGAUUCAGCUGGCCUACUUAUGAUGGCCAACUUUGCAACGAAAAACUCAAAUGGAUGUAUGUUCUUGAUAACGACAAUGGCAACUCCUUGGUUAAACGGGAAGAAUGUUGUUUUCGGCAAGGUAUUGAAAGGACACAGCAUCGUUCAUAAAAUAGAAAAUUUGAAGACGGACGUAAAAGAUCGCAUAUUAGAAGAAGUUAUAAUAAUCAGGUGUGGUAUAAUAGAUAUUACGCCAUAUUACGAAAAUUACAAAAAUUAUGAGUUGACCUUGUGGGCAUGGAUAAAAGCCGGAUGGUUUCCAUUAAGCUUUUCAUUCGUCAUAUUGGCAUUUUUUCAUUACAUGAUGAUGCAAUUAAACAAGCUCCAAUCUUUUAAAUAGAGAACGUUAUUUUCUCAUGAUAUAUAAG